CGUUUCGCGGAGAAUGGCAAAUGUGACGCGCAAAGCGAAAAAGUGUCGAUAAAACUAGUUAAAAUUGUAAAAGAAAUAAAAAUUUCAGAAUUUAGAAAAACUACAUAAUGAGUGAGUCUGUGGGGACUGCAGAGAGCGAUGUCUCGAACGCCCACACGAUGGGCACCAAUAAAAUACAGUUUUCUAAGGAAGUAAAGCAAGUCAUUGACAAGGUGCUGAAAACCGAUGAACAAGAUCCUAUGGAUGCACCCGAUUUUAACACAGUGGAUUAUAUUAAUCAGCUGUUUCCCAACGAGCAAUCACUGGCAACCAUCGACGAAACAAUUCAGCGAAUGCAAUGCGAAGUCUCGCUAAUUGAUGACAACAUUCGGUCCGUUGUGAGGGGUCAGACGAACACGGGGCAGGAUGGACAACUGGCGUUGUGCGAGGCACAGAAGGUGAUCAGUUCGCUGUUCACGCACAUUAUCGAUGUAAAGACGCGCGCCGAGCGCACCGAGGAAAUGGUUAAGGAAAUCACCCGCGACAUUAAACAAUUGGAUUGCGCCAAACGGAAUCUAACGUCGGCGAUCACAACGCUUAAUCAUCUGCAUAUGCUUGUGGGUGGCAUUGAGAGCCUAAAUGAGCUGAUCGAGCGCCGAUCUUACGGUGAAAUCUUGAAUCCGUUGCAGGCGAUCACCGAAGUCAAUCAGCAUUUUCAGCAAUACUCAGAUAUUGAGGAAAUCAAGAAUCUUUCGCAAAGCGUGGACAAAAUCCAGGUGACACUGGCACAGCAAAUUACCGAGGAUUUCAAGGAGGCUUUUGCCAGCAAACCAUCCACACAACAUCGCUUGGGUUUGAAUCAGCUGGGGGAUGCCUGCAAGGUGUUGUCUGUGCUGGAUGCCAAAGUGAAGAAGGAGCUGCUUAAGUGGUUCAUUGCACAGCAGCUGGAGGAGUAUAUGCAUCUCUUUCAUGAGAAUCAAGACAUUGCUUGGCUGGACAAGAUCGAUAAACGUUAUGCAUGGCUAAAGCGCCAUUUGCUCGACUUUGAAGACAAGUAUGGCGCUGUAUUUCCGCUGGAUUGGGAGGUCUCCGAGCGUAUCACAGUGGAGUUUUGUCGGCAAACUCGUCAACAGCUGUCACAAAUCAUGGCCAAGCGCACUAAUGAGAUGGAUGUGCGACUCUUGCUGUUCGCCAUCAACAAGACACAGGCAUUUGAACAGUUGCUCUCCAAACGAUUCACGGGCAUCACUUUGGGUGCAACAACAACGGAACAAACGAGAGUCUUAACAUUGCCAGCAACAGCUGAAACACUACCGACAAUAACUGUAUUCCAUGACCAGAUUGGACAGUGCUUUAAGCCGCAUCUGGACAUAUAUAUACGCAGCAUUGAUCGUAAUCUCGCCGAACUGCUUGAGAAGUUCGUCGAAAUGUCCAAAGAACCCUACAAGUUUGCCGAGUCCAAGACCACAGUUUACCCUAGCUCCGGCGAUCUCUUUGUCUUCUACAAGAAGUGCAUGGUGCAAUGCAAUCAGCUGAGCAACGAGCAACCCAUGUACGAUCUGGCCUUAGUCUUCAAAAAGUAUUUACGCGAAUACGCAGCAAAAGUGCUUGAGGGCAGCACUCCUAAGUUGGUAACCAAUAGUACCAGUUCGAUUGGCAAAAGCGUUUCGUUGUUGACGCGUGACAUGCAAAACUUGUCGACGGCGGCAGGACAAGUGUUCCACAACUUUCUGAAAGAAGGGGACACACAGCGCUUUGGACGUGAUGACUUGGUGCGAAUUUGUUGUGUUCUGACGACGGGCGAGUAUUGUCUGGAGACGGUGCAGCAGUUGGAGGAGAAGCUGAAGGAGAAAGUGUCGGCCGCCUAUAUGAAUAAGAUUGAUAUGAGCGAGGAGAAGGAUGUGUUUCAUCGCAUUAUUUCGAAUUGCAUUCAACUGUUAGUGCAGGAUCUGGAGGCGGGCUGCGAGGCUUCGUUACAGGCCAUGGCCAAGGUGCAGUGGCAGCACAUUAGCAAUGUGGGCGAUCAGAGUGCCUUCAUUAGCAGCAUCUGUGGCAACUUUAAACAAACGGUGCCCACCAUACGCGACACUCUCGCCAGCUCUCGCAAAUACUUUACACAAUUCUGUCACCGCUUUGUGGCUGCCUUCAUACCCAAGUUCAUCAAUGUGUUAUAUAGAUGCAAACUAACACUAUCCGAUGGUUCCAACAAUGUGCUGGGCUGUGAGCAGUUGCUGCUCGAUACGCACUCGUUGAAAACGGCGCUGCUUGAGCUGCCAUCGGUGGGUUCGAGUGUCAAUCGCAAGGCGCCAACUAGCUACACUAAGGUGGUAGUAAAAGACAUGACGCGUGCUGAAAUGAUCAUCAAAGUGGUUAUGACACCGGUGCAACCGCCAGCUCAUUUCACACAACAAGUGCUUAAGCUCCUGCCGGACAUAACGAUAGCCGAGUAUCAAAAAAUACUUGACAUGAAGGCCGUGAAACGUGUGGAUCAGCUGCAGUUGAUUGAUCUCUUUAAGCACACAGCUUCAGCGGCCGCUGUUAGCGGACUAAUCGAGACACCCAAUAGCGAGGAGGAACUGGCAAAUGGAGCGCGUGAAACACCCGCCAUUGUCACUGAGGAUAAUAACGACAACACAGUUGUCUCAUCAACAGAUUCCACGACAACGACAGCGACAAGCACAACCGCAUCGACUUCCACGCCCAAGCGUGCCUUCAUCUUUAGCGUGGGCAGUUUUACGGGCAGUGCGGAUAAGAAUGCAGAUGGUAGUUCACAGACAGGCAUUCGCAAGUUGGAGAGUCUACUUAAGAAACGAUUUCCCUAGUCAAAACACACACUUAUUAGCAAUUAAAAUUGAAACACACACAUUCCAUCAUACAACUCAAUUCACCCUUCAUCAUCCAUUAUUUCAGGUCAGUUCCAUUUCAUUUAUUAAGUUAAGUAAAGCCACUGCAAGAUCCUUGUUUUCCAACAAAAAUAAGUAACAAACGCAAUUUGGUUAAUGGGUAUUGUAAUUGAUGUUUUUAUUACGAUUAUAAACUUGACUUGGAUCUAAAACAUAAGCUUAUGUGACUAUAUUGAAAGUUGAUUGUUAUGUUAAUUGUUCAUAAUGGUAAUAAUGACUAAUGCAGUUUUUGUCGACUUAACUAAAAUGAUUAACGUUUAUGCUAUGUACAUGCAAGUUAAGAAUCUAUUUAAUUUUUUGUAAUAUUCCAUUGACGUAUGAUCUAAUUUGAAGAUCUUUUGAAAGUGACGUGAGACGAGCGCACACAAAAAAUACAAAUAUAAAA